UCCAUCUCUGCAUUCCCUCUCUCCUCUCCUCUCCUCUCCCUCUCCUCCCUCCUCUCUUCUCUUUCACCGUGCGCAAACGCACCGCGGUGUGGAAUACUCGAUCUCUCUGACGCGCGCUGGCGUCCUUAUUCCACCAAAGUCUGCAGGAAGAAGAAUAAGUCGUUUCCAAAUCGAGUUUCGUUGUCUUUUUAAAGCGCGGACUUUUCUCUUUUUUUCUUCUUUUCUUUGCUGAACUACGCCGGGACUAAAACUGAAUUAUUCAUCCUCCGCAUCUGCCUUCGUUGAAUAUGGGAGCGCACUGUCUCUCGCCCCGCUUUUUCGCAAUCACAUCGGAGCGCAUCGUUUUGGAGAGCGUGAGUUGAGCGUUUAUCAGUGCUUAGGGAAAAAUCAAGAAAAGCGUGAUUUCUUUUAAGUCUCCGGAACUGUUUGGGGGUGGUAACUGAAAAGGAGAUCUGAUCAUCAACGUCCCUUUUCCUUUUGGCCUCUCCUUGCGUGUGAAGCGAAGAAUGCCGGCGCAAUUUCCACAGCCGAGUCAAUGCAGAAAUGCGCCUUUCUUCAGUUCUCCGUUGGUUUUUCGGGUGAAUUUGUCCUCCUGAGCUUUUGCUAUGCCCCUCCAGUGCUCGGCUGUCUCGGGGAUUAAUGGCAGAAUGUGCGUUCAGGACAAGUGGAGGCUGACUGGAAGAGACGCGAAGGCUGAAAUUGGAGCCUGAAUGGACAAAUUCUCCAGGUCCCGUGUAAAGUACGGUGUCUUCUGGAGAGAAGGCGAUAUUUCGGACGCUGCUGGUUGCUAAAUGGUUUUCUGGGGGAUUUUUAAAAGGCAAAAAUGCUGCUGCUUGUACUGUUGGCCUUUUCCGUAUCGAGUGCAUUUUCUGACUCGGAUACUGAACUCUCAGCCGAGACCUGCAGUGCCUGCUCUUGCAUGUCCAUUGAGAACGUCCUCUAUGUGAACUGUGAGAAAAUAACUGUGUACAGGCCAACGCAGCUGCUCCCUCCACAAUCCAGCCUCUACCAUUUGAAUUUCCAGAAAAACCUUUUGUACAUUCUUUACCCAAACACUUUUCUGAAUUUCACGCACGCAGUUUCUCUCCAGCUGGGCAACAACAAGCUGCAGAACAUCGAGGGAGGGGCCUUCAUGGGACUCAGUGCAUUAAAACAGUUGCACUUAAAUAACAAUGAAUUAAAAGAGCUCAGAGCUGACACUUUCCGGGGGAUUGAAAACUUGGAAUACCUCCAGGCUGACUACAAUUUAAUCAAGUAUAUUGAGAAGGGAGCCUUCAACAAAUUACAUAAGCUAAAGGUUGUAAUUCUAAAUGACAAUCUUAUACAGAGCCUGCCUGAGAACAUAUUCCGCUUUGCCUCCCUCACACACUUGGAUAUACGAGGAAACCGGAUACAGAAGCUCCCCUACCUUGGAGUUUUGGAGCAUAUUGGAAGGAUAGUGGAAUUGCAACUGGAUGACAACCCAUGGAAUUGCACUUGUGAUUUGUUACCUCUGAAAGCUUGGUUGGAGAAUAUGCCCUAUAACAUUUUCAUUGGAGAGGCUAUAUGUGAGACUCCCAGUGACUUAUAUGGCCGACUUUUGAAAGAGACCAAUAAACAAGAACUAUGCCCUCUCGGAGUUGGCAGUGACUUUGAUGUGAGGAUGCCACCUUCCCAGCCAGAUUUUGGACACACCAUAUCUAACAUCGCACCGUCUACAAUAGCACCCUCAGUUACCAAAGCGCCGAAAACUACAAACCCCUCCAAAAUCUAUGGGAAUGGAAUUGUUGCUGGUAUUCCAGUGGGUAAAAAUGGCCAAAUUGUAUCCUACCAAACCCGAAUCCCUCCCCUUUCCUGUCCUCAGCCCUGCGUUUGCAAAGCUCAUCCAUCUGAUUUCGGCAUCAGUGUGAGUUGUCAGGAAAGAAAUAUCCAGAGUCUAGCUGAUCUUACACCCAGACCUCCAAAUUCCAAGAAGUUGCACCUCAGUGGUAAUUACAUUAGAAAUAUCAGCCCCACUGACUUCCAAGGGUUUGAAGGAUUAGAUCUCUUACACCUGGGCAGUAAUCAAAUAUCCACUGUUCAAAAAGGUGUGUUUGGAAAUCUGACCAACCUGCGCAGGCUAUACCUUAAUGGAAAUCAGCUUGAGCAGCUUCACCCGGAAAUGUUCCUCGGCCUCAGUAACCUCCAGUAUUUGUAUUUGGAAUAUAAUGCUAUAAAGGAGGUGUUAGCGGGGACAUUUGACUCCAUGCCAAAUUUGCAGCUCUUGUAUCUAAACAACAAUGUGCUCCGAAGCCUCCCUGCAUACAUUUUUGCUGGUGUGCCUCUUGCUCGGUUGAAUCUAAAGAACAAUCACUUUAUGACUUUGCCUGUGAGUGGCGUGCUGGACCAGCUCAAAUCCCUCACUCAGAUAGAUCUGGAAGGCAAUCCCUGGGAAUGCUCAUGUGAUUUAGUCGCUUUGAAACUGUGGUUGGAGAAGCUGAAUGAGGGGGUGGCUGCCAAGGAGGUCAGAUGUGCAUCCCCAGUGCAGUUUGCAAACACUGAGCUGAGGGAGCUGAAAAACGAGAUCCUGUGUCCUAAGCUCAUAGCCAGGCCUCCUUUUAUCCUGACUAGCGCAACCCCCCUGGCCACGUCAAUGUCACCUGCUGGAGUCGGGAAAGCGCCUCCUGGUGGGCCGGUGCCUCUGUCAAUCAUGAUUUUAAGCAUCCUGGUGGUCUUGAUCCUCACAGUGUUUGUUGCUUUCUGCCUGUUAGUCUUCGUGCUCAGGCGAAACAAAAAGCCUGCUGGGAGGCAGGAGGGACUUGGCAACCAGGAGUGUGGCUCCAUGCAGCUCCAGCUGAGGAGGCACAACCACAAAUGCAACAAAAACGAUGACCUGGGCGGGGAGACCUUUAUCCCGCAGACCAUUGAGCACAUGAGCAAAGCCCACACUUGUGGAUUGAGAGACUCAGAUGCCGGCUUCAAGUUUGCCGACUCCCAGAGACCGAAAAUGUUCUUACGCAACAGCGCAGACAACGACAAGGACUCUCUAACGCUGGACGCCAGGAAACGAUUAAGUACCAUUGAUGAGCUGGAGGAGUUCCUACCUGGAAGAGAGUCCAGCCUGUUCCUCCACAACUACUUGGAGAACAAAAAGGAUUUCAACAGUAUAGGGGUGAGUGCUUUUGAGAUCCGUUACCCCGAGAAACCACAUGACAAAAAAACAAAAAAGUCAUUGAUAGGGGGCAACCACAGUAAGAUAGUUGUUGAGCAGCGCAAAAGUGAAUAUUAUGAACUAAAAGCAAAACUCCAAGGGACCCCUGACUAUCUUCAAGUACUUGAGGAACAGACAGCACUCAGUAAAUUUUAGGCCUCUCAUCUUCAUGUGCCCCCUACUUACAAAAAAAGUGCCUUUUUGGAAAAAAGAAAAUAUCCAUGACCAAUGGAAUACUGGACACAGAUUUCAUUACACUAAACUAUAACUUAGAAUUGGUGUUUGUGUAACUUCAAAUAUUAUUAUUUUUUCAAAAGUGAUGAUGCCAUUAUAAAGUAUAAAAAAAAAUCAUUAGUCUAUAAGAGAGGUUAUAGAGUAUCUUAUAAACAAGUGUAGUUUGCUGCUAAUGAAAUGGGUUCCAUCAAGUUAUUGCUUUUGUUUUUUAAUUACCAGAUGCUUUUUUGAAUUUUUAUUUUUAAACAAAUUGUUGGGUUAUAAAAGCGUAUCAUGAGUGUAAUGCAUAUUGUCCCUUGUUCGUUGUUUUUGGUUGGAAGUAUUUUUAGGGUGCUUUGGAUGACAAAAUGAAACGGAGUUGAAGAUUGGCAAGCCGGGCACAGGCAUGAACCUUUCGGAAUCCCCAACCCCCCCCCCACCGGAUUUUAAUUUGACACUUUUUCUGGUGGAUUAAGUUGUAAUUGAAAGCACUGACAGUUCCAACGUCUUUAACCGUCUGGAUUAUUCCGUCUAUUGUUUCUGUAAGGAGCCAUUGAAAUUUGUUCUAACGAAAUGUGAUUCCUCUUGAAGUUUUUGGGUACGGCACAUGACAGGACAUUCAUAAACCCAAGAAAAAUAUCUCCAUAGCUGCUUGCCAUGUAAGCGUAUCUGAUUUAUUUUGUAAGUCGACAUUAUUUGUAUUUGUGAGGCAGUUUUUAAACGACAAAAACAAUCCCAUCGAGACGUAAACGGAUUCAAGAAAACGUACAACAACAAAAACAAAAAAAAUAAUAAUCAUAAAGGACAAAAACACUGAAGACCACUGUCAUCUGUCAAUCAGUAGAUUACUUAAGUUCAUAUUUAAUUUAUUUUUCUAUGCAGGACUAUUUAAAGGCUAUUGGUACUAUUUAAGAACACAAGGGACUUUUUUGAAUGCUACAAGUGAUUUGAGUUAUGCUCUGAACAACUAACUCGAACAUUUCUGUUCUAUGUGUCCCAACAUGUAUUUUUCUGCUAACCUGAGCAUAGGAGCUAGCGUCUGUGAUAGUGAUGUAACUUUCACUAUUACAUUGCAAGAGGUAAUGCCUCAUAGUGUAUCAAGUCCAACGAUCUUAUAGCCCAUGAAUAUUUUGUCAAAGAAUUUUUUAACAAUAUGCAACCAAAAUAAGUGUGCAUUAACGUGAUACGAUUCUGAAUUUUAUGAAUGUGUUAUGGGAUUCAAAAUAGAGUGAGGAGGAAGGCGUGUAGAUCGUUAUUGUUUUUUUUUCUUUCUUUCUUCCUUUUUUUGAUUUUUUUUUUUUUUAAUGAGGACUGUACAUUUUUACAUUAUCUUUGAAAUUCAAUGUGUUUUUGCUAAAGAUCUACUGAUUUGGUCAGAAUCAUAUCACACACCUUGUGCAAUAUUAUUAUGCUCAGUCAUGUUAGCUUGACAAUUUUAUUUUGUCCGCUCGAGUUGAUAUUAUGGAGAGACCAGUUUUACGUUCGGAAAAGAAAGAAAUAUAUAUAUUAUUCAGUCCUUAUUUAAGAUAUUGUUAAGUUAAUGAUUGUUUGAAAUAGAAUGUACCUUGAACAAUAAAAUAAAUACAAAUUUUCUAUACGAGAAAUCAACAUAAUUUCUGUGUCGGUAUAAUUUUCGAUGUUUAGGAUUUUUUUUUCCUUUCAUUUCUGCAAUAAAUGGACUGAGAUGCUUAUUAAAGAAUUUCUGAAAAAUAC